GCUGCCAAUAGUUCAUUUGCGUCAACGCUGGCGUAUGUCGAAAAACAGACGUAGUUUAUAGUAUAAUUUGCUGUUUCGAACAAUAUCAGCAGACUCAUACAUCUUUAAACUUCAACAUAUCUUGUGAGGCCCACCCAAACAUGCGAAGUCAACGUGCUAAGCAGUUGUUGAUGUUAAUAGCUUGCUUUCUGAGCUUUGUAUACAGUGUUCCUAUCGUGAGCAGGAAGGACUUGAAGAAGACAUCCAAAUUUCUAGUUCAGUUUGGCUACGUCAACAUUUCAAACCCAGCGGACACAGCUGGCGCUGGUGACCAAAAUUCACCUGCGUUUAAAAAGGCGAUCAGAAGACUUCAGUGGUUUGGUGGUAUUCCUGUGACGGGAAUUCUUGACAGGAAAACACUCGAGUUAAUCAGCACAUCAAGGUGCGGAAUGAGAGAUCCAGCUCCUCUUUCCUCGAGAGGGAUUGGAGAGUUCAGGCUACAGGGAACUUAUUGGAAGAAGAGGGAUCUAACUUAUAAGAUCGUGAGCUACACCAGUGACAUCCAACCUCGGAAUAAACAGCAGCAAAUCUUUCGAGAGGCUCUGAGAAAGUGGGAAGCAGUUUCAGAUUUACGUAUACGUCAGGUGUACAGUGGUGAUGCAGAUAUCCCCAUCAGCUUUGUUAUUGGCGAUCACAAAGACGGCUAUCCAUUUGAUGGACCAGGGGGGACACUAGCUCAUGCGUUCUACCCCCAUACUAACGAAGGAUUAUCCGGCGACGCUCAUUUUGAUGACAGUGAAAGAUUCACCACAGGGACAUCUGACGGCAUUAACCUGGACUGGGUAGCGAUUCACGAGUUUGGACACAGUUUAGGUCUGGAACAUUCCAAUGUGCAAGAAUCCAUCAUGUAUCCUUGGUACAAAGGGUUCGUCGCAGAUGUUAAAUUAACCAAUGAUGACAUACAAGGAAUUCAAGCUUUGUAUCCAAAGCCAACAACACCACCAACCUCGAGGACCACAACCGAAGCCACCACUACCCGGCGCCCGCGAGUAACUCUUCGCCCUCGUCCCGUUACUCCUAGUCCCACCCCGCCAGAUCUUUGCGAUAGAUCCGUCCAUUAUGACGCAGUCUCUUUAGAUCCCAGACGGAUGAAGUCGUACUUCUUUGUGGGAAAUUGGUUUUGGGUCGUGAACAGGAGACUGAGCAGGGGGGAUCCAUACGCUGUCAAAUCUUUCUGGAAGAAGGUGAAGACCCCCGUGGAUGCCGCAUACCGCAACAAACGGGGAAACAUCGUGUUCUUUAAAGGAACUGAGUUUUGGGAAUACGACUCAAGAAGAAUAUUAAAAUCUUCUGGUACCAUAACAAGAUACGGACUUCCCUUGAGUCUGGCAAACAUGAACGCAGUUUUCAUUUGGGAAAAAAACCAGGUCACCUACUUCUUCAAAGGAACACAAUAUUGGCGUUACAACGAAAGGAUCCGACGCACAGUCCGAGGGCCUUCAAGGAAUCCGUAUCCCAGAAAGAUCCGAAGCGCUUGGAAAUUCCCUGAUCAUAUUGACACUGCAGUAACGUGGCUCAACGGAAGAUCCUAUGUGUUCCUGGGGAGUCAGUACCUUAAGCUAAGAAAGAGGAGUCUUGUCCUGGACGGAGGCCUGAGGAACACAGCUCGUAGGUGGAUGAAGUGCAGCUCCAGUGUUGGAGCAUUGGGAUUCAAAUCCCCAAGCGAUCUGUGAAUGUCAUCGCUUAACAUUAUCUCGCAUUUUACAUAUUUCUUUCUAUUCUUUGAUAUUUUCAGUCUGUCAGUUGAAAAAAGGUUGAUAUUCGUAUGCCGUUUUUUAUUGUAAUCGUGUCCGUAACAAAAUGCUCGAAUAUGAGUUACUCUUGACAGCCCCUAUUCGUGGCUUACACGACUGUUUCAAGUCCAGACUGUCCAAUUAAACGCACUUGUAAUCAGACAAGCAGCAGCCAAUAAAGAUGAAGAACUUUGAGCCAUCAGCCAAUCAAACUCAA